AUUGUAAAUGUAAUACAUUUAGAAGAAUCACAUUUAGAAAAAGGUGAACACGUUUAUCCGUUUAAUAUCACGUUACCACGUCAAUUGCCUUCUACCUACAAUGGUGAACAUGGCAAUAUAUACUAUGAAGCCAAAGUUACAAUUCAUAUACCACGGGGAAUAGAUAAAACAAAAAGCGCAUUUCAAGUGAUUUCCCCUGUUAAUUUAAAUGAAGAACCAAAUGUAUCGGAACCAAUUAAAGAAGAAAAAAAAAAUUACUAUUCUUAUUGUUGUUGUUGCAAGUCUGGUCCAAUGACUCUUGCUGUUUGUUUGCCCUAUUCCGGUUAUGUGCCUGGACAGAAUAUACCAAUCACUAUAGAGUUGGAUAACAAUAGCAAUGUUAGAGUCGAAACUGUUAAAGUGAAAUUAGAAAAAGAAAUAGCUUUUAUACCAACCCGUCCGUACGGAUCAAUGGAGAAAACAAAAUAUGAAACGGUUGAGCUGACAAAAUUAAGUUUAGAUGGUGUAGAAAAACGGGGUUCUAAAACUUGGACGGAACAAUUGUCAAUUCCUAAUUCGUUGAUUUUGUCAAAUCUAAAAUAUUGUGACAUUAUAAAAGAAAAAUAUUUUUUAAAAAUUGAAUCUUGUGUUGGUGGCAUGCACGAAAACACUAGAUUGUAUGUAAAUAUCACAAUGGGCAACGUUCCGUUAACAACAGCUCAAGAUGCACCUCAGUCCAAUCAUCCCGGUCAAGGAACAGUGCCGCUUGAUCGAUAUCAGCCUGAUCCAACUCAUACAAUUGGUUCAUCCACCGUCUGCAUACCAUCAAACUCAACCGCCUUAUCCAAACGUAAACAUGCAACAGCCACCGAUCAUUCCAACUUUUCAAUAGCCACAUCCACAUCAUGCCAACUGCACGUGGUUCAAAUGGAGAAGCAUUUUGUGAUUGAAUUCACAGUCUUUUCCACAAUAGCCUAGUUAUUACUAAAACAAUUCUGGUUAUUACCAAGUCCGUUAAGGUUUUCUGCGAUUAUUUAUUUCUAUUGUACUUUAGAUAACUGUAUAAAAUGUAUUUUUAAUACAUU